CGCCAAUCAUCCGAACCCGUGGGCGAUAGGCGAGCAACCUGGAACACAACACCUUCAUCCCAAGCUGAAGCAAGUGGCAGGAUGCGUGGCUGUGUUUCCCCGCCCUCAUCAUGCCCAUUCUCCUCGCAGGCCUCUACCAAAACCGAAUAUCUCUGCUCCGUGCAUUGACACUGCCCUCUCUGCUGUCACGUCUGGCCUGGAGGCCAUCCGCCCUCAAAAUGUCGACCUUCCAGCACCCCGACUACAACAUCCCCAUCACCCUGCCAACCGGCCUCUCACAAGCGCAACUCCUCGCCUUCCCUCCCUUUAAGUCCUGGCUCUCAACCCUGCAGACCUCCCUGCAGGCGCAGCACACCACGCCGUCGCACCCCUUCCACGCGGACCCGUACGCCCUGCGCGCCGUCACGGUGCAGGCGUUCGACCUGUUCGGCCGCCCGCCGCACGCGCGCCUCGGCUUCGUCAAGCUGAGCGCGCGCGUGGCCAACGCGGCCGGCGAGACGCUGCCUGGCGCCGUGUUCCUGCGGGGGCCCUCCGUCGCCGUGAUGGUGCUGCUCGUGCCGGACGACGGCGGCGGUACCCUGCGGGAUGCCAGCGGUGCUGGUGCUGGUGCCGGUGCCGGUGCCGGUGUUAAGGAAGGGGCUGCUGGGGAGGAGGAGGAAGAGGAGGAGCGGUACGUGCUGCUGACCGUGCAGCCGCGGGUGGCGGCGGGCAGUCUGGCGUUUGUGGAGCUGCCGGCUGGCAUGGUGGACGACGACGGGCGGGCGUUUGUGGGGCAGGCGGCGCGGGAGAUGGAGGAGGAGCUCGGGAUGGUGAUCAAGGAGGAGGAGCUGGUCGACCUGACCGCGCUUGCCCUAGCUCGGGAGGGCGAAACGGAGGGGGGGCAGGGUUCCGAGUUGGCUAAUGCCAUGUACCCAUCUCCCGGCGCGUGCGAUGAGUACAUGCAGAUUUAUCUGCACGAGAGGAGGGUGCCGCGGGAGCAGCUGGGGGAGUGGGCGGGCAAGUUAACGGGGCUGAGGGAGCACGGGGAGAAGAUCACGCUGAAGUUGGUGAGGAUGCAAGAUCUCUGGAAGGAGGGCGCCCGGGAUGCGAAGUGUCUUGCUGCGGUGGCACUCUGGGAAGGGCUGAGGAGGGAGGGGAAGAUUUAGAAGGGAAAUGAUCGCUUCUGUGGUAUGUUGUCUAUGCUUGAACUUCUUGGCAAUCUCAAUCCCCUCGGCGAGAUUGGCUAUCCGGGCGUCGAUGGCGUAACCUUCGGCUUCGAGCUUGAUGCAUUCCUGCCACAAGG